GUAACUGGACGCUUAUGUUGCUGCAGUGCGACAACUGGGACAACUUUACAAACUAACGAGCUUUUAAUGUGUAUUAACCACUUUGUUUAGUCAGGUGUUUGGCUUGUCUUUAAACGAAAUGGCACGUGAAUACUAUUUUAUACCGCAAACGAGGAUGUACAUUUAGCGAACGCAUUCGUUUAUGGUUAGCGUUCAUGCUAACUAGUGCUGCCUUCAGGGACUAUCGAAAAUGAUGUAUUUAGGGAAAAUGAGCUCCACUUAUUGACCUGAUUUUUACAAUCGAAAAGUGUACGGCAUGAAAGCUGUCUUUUGUGAGAAAGUAUAUUUGAUUUCUGUAGCACAUUUCACUUAUAAAAAAAAAUUAAAUCGCAAACUGUUUCUCAAAGAGCGCAUAUAAGAUAAAUUGUGAGAGAAGUACAAACAAAUUUAUUAAUAAUUUAAAUAAUAUUUAAAACAAUAUCGAAGAUAUCUUCCGACAUUAAAGUACAUGCCGAUAUCAAUUUUAAAACUGAAACCUGAGUUGAGUGAAAGUGGGAUUCUGAAGUUAAGCUUUCGGUGGUUACCUGAAGGCAGCAAACAGUCCGGUCCCGCAAAGUUAGCUAGUCUGGCAGUUAGCGGUUGGAGCGCAGCAUCAGCACCGUUAUCGCCCCCACAAUGGCAGAAAGGAUUCCGCUGCUGCCUUGACUCUGCUGGAAGACGAGAUGAGUCGCUUCUGUUCGGACAACAAUAAUUUCCCCUACGACAACAAUGUCCUGGUUCUGGACAUGGUUCUGGGGUCUCUGUGGGGGGUUCCUCAGCCCAUAAACUGGGAGAAUGUGGCCAAACUGGUGCCAGGCUUCACUCCGAAGGAGUGCGCCCGUCGAUUUGAGGAGCUGAAGGCCACGGCGGGGUUUCCCCUGGUGGAUUAUCAGUGUAAUGACCUAACAGGAGGAAGCGGCUCACCGUCUGACAGCCUGUCUGCCCUGCUGGAAGCUGGAGAUGUGGUCAAGAGAGAAGGAGGCAGUCAAAGCUGCAGCAAAGUCACAGACUCCAAGUCGCUCCCUGCUGGAAGGGGAGGAACGGUGGAGAAGAAGGAGACGCAAGUAUCAGUGGAAGAGGAUGAAAAACCUCAAAAACCAGGGGAUCUCAACAUGGUGAUCCACGUCUGUGACGAGACCAAGAACCUUAAGCAGGAUUUCACCUGCCCCAGAGAUCUUCUAGUCAAAGAGAUGCGCUACUUUGCUGAGUAUUUAUCCGUGGACCAGCAGAGGUGGGAAGAGGUGGACAUCUCGGUCCACUGCGACGUCCAGAUCUUCGACUGGCUCAUGAACUACGUCAGGAGGAACUCGGCAGGAGAGGGGAACAAGGACAAACCCCGGCUGGAGCCCAGCAACGUCAUCUCCAUCCUGAUCUCCUCUGAGUUCUUGAAGAUGGAUACGUUAGUGGAGGAAUGCAUCCAGUACUGCCAUAAACACAUGAGCGCCAUCGUUUCCACGCCCUGCAACAUGAACUGCAUCAACAGCAACCUGGCAACACGGAUUGCCGAGCUCUUCAACCACAACGAGGCCGACGACAUCCGCGACAAAAAAGAUAAAUUCAAGAGCAAAUUGUUUCAGAAGAAAAUUGAGCGGCUGUUUGAUCCAAACCACCAGAACAAAGAUUCACCCGGAAACGCCUCGACUCUCUAUAGGUGCGGUUUGUGCCUCAAGCUGCUGACCAAAGACACGGAGAGGAAGAUUUCCUGCGUUUCGGGGAAAAUCAACAUUGACGUCCGAGGACAGAUCAUCUAUACGCACACAAGACAGAAGAGCUGGGAUGUGCAUGAAUACACCACAGCUUUAUAUGAGGAGCUCAAGUCCUGGGUUCUCGUUUACUGGAGAAUCUGGGGAACCAUCAACUACCUGACCUGCUCCCGCUGUCAGCAGGUGUUUGUUUGUGCAGAGCUGACCCAAUGCAAAUAUCACCCAGACAGCGUGUUGUACCCCAGCAUGGGCACAGAGAAAGGCUGGCAUGGGGCGGGAAUAUACCCCUGCUGCAACCAGAGGGUUCUCCGCUUUGACCCCACUGGGAUACCAAAGGGUUGUAAGAUGCGGGAUCACAUCGUGAACGUACCAGAUGAGGAGAAAUGCGACGAGGCGACGGCGGCUCAGACCAGAGUCCUUAACGACCUGCUGCUGCACAGAGACGCUGUGUGUUUGUCCAACACGUCGCCGGCAGAAAGCUCUGAGGAGAGUCCGCCCGGAGCAGAGAAAGUCCCAGACUGCAGCGCUCUCCUGGAGCCGACACUCCUCGGACCUCUGAGAGGAGACGGCAGCUCUUUUUCCCUUUUCAAGAACUGGACUCUUCAGCUGAGGCAGCAGUCCCUCCUGUCAGAGGACGAGGAGUACACCACGGGGUCAGAGGUCACCGAAGACGAGGUGGGGGACGAAGAAGAGCUGUCGAAGAAACAAGCUGCUAAGAAGGCGAAGAAGACCCACAGACCUCUGAAGAAACAGCUUUCCUCUCCGAACUUUCAACGCAAAGACAAAUUUGAGAAGCCACAGUCCAGAGACAGCACACCUUUCACCGUGAGCCUCCAGAAGAGUAAGUGGGACAGUUCCCGCUCGCUGCGGUACAACCAGGACGCUCAGAGAGAGGAAGACCAGCGGCGCAUGGCGGAGCUCGUCGGCCACCUGACCAAGAUGAGGUUCGGAGACCAGGAGCCGAGUAAAUCCAAGGACAACAAAGAAAUUGCUGCUCCGUCUGAACUGGUGUUGGGUUGUUUCCAAACUGGUUUGUGUUUCUGCUGGUCCAGCCGGCCGGUGGGAUCUACGCCCGGCUGGAGCUGCAGUUCAGAGGCGGCGCUCCGACCCGACCGACAGCAGAAAAAGCCCCCAGAUCCAAGUCGCGUUACGCUCAGAUCCGAACUACUUAAUGAUCCCGAAGUGAUGAAAGAUCGACAGAAACCCCGAAGACGAGGACCCGUCUCCAGACGAGGACCCGUCUCCAGACGAGGGACAGGCAGGUGUGGACUUCCUACUCUUGGCCGUCUCCGUACAUGUGGACCUCCAUCGGCUGCUGCGUGUUUGUGCAGCUGUGGCCGUUCCUCAGUAAACAAGACGAACCCCCAUUGCUGCUUCAUGAGAGCAGCAGGACCCCAAACACCAGAAAACGUCGGCCAUGUUGUUUAUCUGAGAGAUUCCCACGCUUUCCUCCUUACCGGAUCUGAUUUGUAAUUUCUUUCGGUUAAGGUCAAAAUGCUUCCAUCUGUAACUGUAUUCAACUAAUAACACAUCUAUAAACACUAAA